GAAGCUCAGAAGAAGAAGAGGGGAAAAAAAUGGAGGAUGAAAGCAGUAAUAUUAUUAAUACUGAUAAGGUAGUGAUGAAUAAGAACAACAUGAUGAGAUCAUUAGAAGAAGAUAUUGAAGAUCAUCAGGGAGAAGAAGAGGAAGACGAUGAUGAUGAUGAGAGAAGGAUGCUUCCUGGGUUCAGAUUCCAUCCAACAGAUGAAGAACUGGUAGGGUUUUACCUGAGAAGGAAGGUCCAGAAGAAGCCCCUUCGUAUCGAACUCAUCAAACAAAUUGAUAUCUACAAGUACGAUCCCUGGGAUCUCCCAAAGGCAAGCGGGAGCGUGGGGGAGAAGGAAUGGUAUUUCUUCUGCAAGAGAGGGAGGAAGUACAGGAACAGCAUCAGGCCAAACAGGGUUACGGGGUCAGGCUUCUGGAAAGCCACGGGAAUUGACAAGUCCAUUUACGAUAAUGCCCUCACUCACUGCAUUGGCCUCAAGAAGUCCCUCGUCUAUUACAAGGGCAGUGCUGGCAAAGGAACCAAGACUGAUUGGAUGAUGCACGAGUUCGCCUCCCUCCUAAUAACCACCCUACUACCCCACCACCAGUCAUCUUCAAGAAGCUGAGGUUUGGACACUUUGUAGAAUAUUCAAACGAAUCCCGUCCUACAGAAAAUAUACACCAACUUCCAGAGAUACAAAAACAGCAACAAAGACGGAUU